AUGACUUCAACAGAUACAUGCGACGACGGCUGGUUUGGCCCGGUCGUCGGCACGACGGGUUGUCGCGGGGGGUUCGACUUUACAGUCCUUUUCGAAGCAAGCAUCUUGACUAUCGUGCCGGCAGUUUGUUUCUUGCUGGUGGCGCCCAUCCGCAUUUUCCAGCUGUCCAGACAGUCUCCCAAAGUACAGUCGUCUACUAUACGAGUGGCGAUCCUAGCCGCCCUCCUAGCGCUUGUCGCAACGCAGCACGCCGCUGGAGUGCGCGUGUCGCUUACGGGUGCCGUCCUCGAACUCGUAGCCGCGCUGGCCGUCGUAGUACUUGUUGAUCUGGAGCAUGUCCGAUCCAUCCGGCCAUCGUUCUUGGUCUCUGCCUACCUCUUCGUCACGCUGCUUCUAGGCCUUGCGCGUGUGCGCACGGCCUGGCUGUUACCAGACUGCCGAGCAUAUUCGGCCUGCCUUUCCACGUCCCUCGCUAUCAAGCUGCUCUUCAUGGGGCUGGAGAAUGUUGAGAAGCGAAAAUGGCUGGUACCAAACGAGAAAGGCAGAUCUGGUGAGAGCGUAAGCGGACCAUUUAGCCGGGGUCUGUUCGUCUGGUUGAACAGCCUGCUGUGGACAGGGUACUCCGAGCUGCUGGCCGGGGAUACGCUGCCUUCUAUCCAUGAAAAACUUUCCUCCCGCGAGUUAUGCACCCGAUUCACGGACUCUUGGGCGCGUUGCAAUAAGAGCCGCCGGAAUGCCUUGCUUCUGGCGGUCGUCAGCUGUCUGCGGUGGGAAAUUGCUGGCAUUGCUUUUCCGCGCCUCUGUGUUGUGGGCUUCAGCAUCGCGCAGCCGUUUUUGGUGGGCAGAAUUGUCACUAUGCUGCAGCAGACUGACUUGUUCUCGCUGGAUAAGGGCUACGGCUUGAUCGGAGCUACCAUCAUUGUCUUUAUUGGGGUUGCGGUGUCCAGAGCCUGUUACCAGCAUUUGGGGUAUCGUGCUACGACUAUGCUCCGUGGUGGCCUCAUGGCUCUUGUCUUCCAGCACAUGAUGGACCUCCCACUAGGCAGCAUAGACGAGUCCAGCGCCAUGUCCCUCAUGGGAUCUGACAUAGAGAUGCUUGCCGAAUACUUCCAAUCGACAGUGUGUGAAACAUGGGCCAACGUCAUACAGCUCGGCCUGGCCACGUGGCUUCUUGAAACUCAGGUGGGUGCUGUCUGUAUCGCGCCCGUGGUGGUAGUAAUAGUCUUCACGAUCACCUCGUUUGGCAUGGGAAAUGCCGUGACCACUCGGCAGAAGACAUGGCUUGAGGCUACUGAAAAGCGCAUCAACUUCACCACUGCUAUCCUCGGAUCUAUUCGAAACGUCAAGCUUCUCGGAUUGACCGAGACUAUGGCAGCAAUGAUCGAUGCCUUGCGUGUGGACGAGCUCAAUAUCUCCAAGAAGUUCCGCCGGAUCCAGACGGUUCGUGUCUGCAUGAUCAAUCUUCCCCCAAUCGUGGGGCAGCUCUCAACAUUCGCUGGCUAUGCUAUAGUAGCCAUGGUGCAGGGCUCUGGUGGUCUCUCUGUCUCACAAGCUAUCACGUCGCUGUCGCUGAUCAACCUGCUGAUCACUCCGCUCUGCAGUCUCUUGCUGGCAAUUCCGGACACAUUUGCGUCGAUAGGCUGUCUGCAUCGGAUACAGGACUUUCUUAGUCAACCGAAUCGCCUUGAAAUGAGGCAGUUUCCCCAGUUGGCACCAAUGCCCUCCACUUCAUUCCCCGAUCUGUCCGGCAUCGAGCUAUCUCCCAUUCCACAACCCGCCUCCCGCCCGCUUCCCGAGAAGCAAACAGAUGUAGUUCUAUCCCUGGAGAAUGUCCGCUUUGGGUGGAAAGCCUCUCCACCAGACAGAACCUAUAUUACAUUCACCCUCCAGUCCUCCCCCACUGGUACUCUCAUCACGAUUGUCGGCCCAGUGGGCAGCGGUAAGUCCACCUUCCUGAAAGGCCUUGCUGGUGAGACACCUGUGCUGCAGGGCAAGCUAUUCAUCAAGUAUCCGGACCUGGCCUUUUGCGAACAGAUACCGUGGUUGGCUAAUGGAACAAUCCGGGAUAACAUUAUCGGUGAGAGCCCAUCAUCUGCACUUGAUGCUAAAUGGUAUUCCACCGUGGUGAAAGCAUGUGGGCUGGAUCUGGAUCUUAUGAGGAUGCCAGCUGGCGACGAGACGCUUGUGGGUAGCAAAGGUGCUAAACUAAGCGGUGGGCAAAAACAAAGGAUUGCUAUCGCGCGAGCCGUCUAUUCUCGCAAAAAUAUCGCCUGCUUCGACGAUGUCCUGAGCGGCCUGGACAAUGUAACCGCCCGGCUAGUGUUCAACAACGUCUUCGGCCCGACUGGAUUGCUACGUCGACUGGGUUGUACCGUGUUCCUGGCCACCCACAGCACUCAUUACUUAUCACAAGCCGACUUCAUCAUUGUUCUGGGGGAUAAUGGCCAGGUCCUCGAACAGGGAAGUUAUCCCCAGCUUCGAAGUCACACCGGAGGCUACAUCCAGAGGCUUGGCAUUCAAGCAAAACAGAUAGACGAGGCAGAGGGGAUGGAUGACAAUGACAAUGGCCGAUCGGAGUCACCGAAAAUCACAACGGGUCCUCUCAGCACCCCCUCUCCCCCCGAUGGCCGUCGGCAGACAUCCGAUCUAUCUGUUUACAAAUAUUACUUCUCUGCUCUGGGCUGGUUGCGAGUCUCCGUGCUGCUGCUUUUCCUUGUCGUCGAUGCGGGAAUUAAUGGACUCCGUUACAUUUGGGUGGAGCUUUGGUCGUCCAGCAGUAACGGUGCCUCGAACUCGCGCUUGGGCUACUGGCUCGGACUGUAUGGAGUAUUGUCUGUCAUCGAAGCUAGCGCCCUUGCUCUCGCUGUAUUCUGGACAUGGGUCAUCAUUGUCCCAGCUGCGUCUAAGAAUCUACAUUCUAUCGUGCUCCGUGCUUGUAUGAGUGCUCCCUUAUUCUUCUUGGGUAACGUCGAGACCGGAGACCUCGUCACCCGCUUCAGCCAAGAUAUGAGGCUGGUCGACAUGAUCUUGCCUCGCGGCUUUAUCUCGACAGGUUUCCAGCUUUUUGGGGCCCUUUCUCAAGGCGCCAUCGCCAUAGCUUCAUUGCCUUAUCUAGCAGCGGCUGUGCCAGUUCUAAUCGGGGUGUUGGUUCUGAUUCAGCGGUUUUACCUACGCACAUCUCGCCAACUGCGGUUACUGGAAAUAGAGCUCAAGAGCCCUCUCUACACCCACUUCAUCGAAUCCCUCGCCGGAGUAACCACAAUCCGCGCCUUCUCAUGGACCCACGCCUCUACGACCAGGAUGCUCUCUAUGCUCAAUACGGCCCAAAAACCCUUCUAUCUCCUGCUGUGCAUUCAACGCUGGCUUGAGCUGGUGCUAAACUUGAUUGUAGCCGCUCUGGCUGUCCUCCUCGUUGGUGCUGCCGUCGCUCUCCGCAGUCAUGUCGACCCAGGCCUGUUGGGCAUUGCCCUCGUCAUGAUGAUGGAUCUAGGGCAGGUACUGUCGGAUCUGAUUCAGUAUUGGACGCUGCUUGAGACGUCGCUUGGGGCGAUUGCGCGGAUAAAGGAUUUUGCUGAAGAUACGCCCAGUGAGGAUAGAAACAUGAAUAUUCAGACUCAUGAACCGCUCAUGGGAUGGCCAAGUCGUGGGGAGAUCGCGUUUGUGCGUACGAGCAUCGCGUAUGAUUGCUCGGAGGAGACGAAGCCCGUACUGAACGGUCUUCAUCUUCACAUUCGUGCUGGGGAGAAAAUCGGGCUGUGUGGUAGGACUGGAAGUGGCAAAAGCACCCUAGCACUAUCACUCCUCCGUCUUAACGAGCUAGUAUCAGGCCAGAUCCUAAUUGACGGGCAGGAUGUAUCACUCAUAUCCCGAUCAUCCCUCCGACAACGUAUCAGUUGCCUCAGCCAAGAACCGUUCCUUUUUCCAGGUACCAUCCGUCAAAAUGCUGACCCGCUGAAUAUCAUGACGAACACGGACAUAAUCAAUGCUUUGCAGAGCGUCGAACUCUGGGAUGUUCUUGUGGCAAACCACAUUGCUCAUGAAGAAGCGGUGCUCGAUGCAAAACUGAACGAUAGCAUCCUAUCACAAGGCCAGAAGCAGCUAUUCUGUCUGGCGAGAGCUCUGCUGAAGAAGAGUAAGAUUUUGAUACUCGAUGAGCCAACUAGUAGUCUGGACGCAGAAACAGACGCCAAAGUCCAAAGGAUCAUACGGAAAUCGUUCCGUGACUGCACCGUGAUCAUGGUAGCACAUAGAAUUCGCACUCUGCUUGAUUUUGACCAGGUCGCUGUCCUGGAUAGUGGUCGAAUUGUAGAAGUGGGACACCCGCGUGAGUUAAUGGGCAGACCGGACGGUGAGUUUUCAAAGCUGUUGGCCCUGGAGUCAUGA